AUGCCUGCACAGGGGUCCCAGAGGAGCCUGCUGGGCUCUCUGAACUCCACCCUCAUGGCCACCUCUAGCCUCGGGUUGGCUGCCAACCAGUCAGGACCCCAGUGCCUGGAGGUGUCUGUCCCUGAUGGACUCUUCCUCUGCCUGGGGCUGGUGAGCUUGGUGGAAAACAUGCUGGUGGUGGCUGCUAUUGCCAAGAAUCGCAACCUGCACUCACCCAUGUACUGCUUCAUCUGCUGCCUGGCCCUGUCUGACUUGCUAGUGAGCGUGAGCAACGUGCUGGAGACAGCUGUCAUGCUGCUGCUGGAGGCAGGUGCCCUGGCUGCGCAGGCCACCGUGGUGCAGCAGCUGGACAACAUCAUCGAUGUGCUCAUCUGCAGCUCCAUGGUGUCCAGCCUCUGCUUUCUGGGCGCCAUCGCCAUGGAUCGCUACAUCUCUAUCUUCUAUGCGCUGCGAUAUCACAGCAUUGUGACUCUGUCACGGGCACAGUGGGCCACUGCAGCUGUCUGGGCAGCCAGCAUCCUCUCCAGCACCCUCUUCAUUGCCUACUAUGACCACACGGCUGUCCUGCUCUGCCUCGUGGUCUUCUUCCUUGCCAUGCUAGUCCUCAUGGCCGUGCUGUAUGCCCACAUGCUCACGCAAGCAUGCCAGCAUGUCCAGGGCAUCACCCGGCUCCACAAGAGGCAGCGCCUGGUCCAGCAGGGCUUUGGCCUUAAGGGUGCUGCCACCCUCACCAUCCUGCUGGGAGUCUUCCUGCUGUGCUGGGGCCCCUUCUUCCUGCACCUCACACUCAUCGCUGUCUGCCCCCAGCACCCAACCUGCAGCUGUGUCUUCAAGAACUUCAAACUCUUCCUGGCCCUCAUCAUCUGCAAUGCCAUUGUUGACCCUCUUAUCUAUGCCUUCCGAAGCCAGGAGCUCCGCAAGACACUCAAGGAGGUGCUGCUGUUCUCCUGGUGA